AUGAUGGCCGAGGGAGGCGGACCCGAGUCGGGUGGCGCGGCGGACUCCGACUCGGAGCCGGUAGCAGCACAAAUGCCAACCCCUUCAACCGAAAGUCAAAAACAGACUAUUGGGUCACUUUUGAAAACAACUCUAAGAAAAGGCGACGAAUGGUACCUGAUAGACAGCCGCUGGUUCAAACAGUGGAAGAAGUAUGUGGGGUUCGACAGCUGGGACAUGUACAAUGUUGGAGAACGUAGCCUCUAUCCAGGACCAAUUGAUAACUCUGGGCUGUUCUCAGACCAGGAGACUCAGUCCUUGAAAGAGCACCUUAUAGAUGAGCUGGACUAUGUCCUUGUACCCACUGACGCAUGGAGUAAGCUUGUCAGCUGGUAUGGCUGCCUAGAUGGCCAGAGACCCAUCGUCAGGAAGGUUGUCGAACAUGGUAUGUUUGUCAAGCACUGUAAGGUGGAGGUCUAUCUGCUGGAGCUGAACUUGUGUGAGAAUGACAACAUGGAAAAUGUAGUCACGCGUCAUUUCAGUAAAGCUGAUACUAUAGAUACUAUAGAGAAGGAAAUGAGGACACUGUUCAAUAUCCCAUCAGAGAAGGAGACAAGGCUCUGGAACAAAUACAUGAGUAACACCUACGAGCAGCUGAACAAGCCAGACAGCACUGUACAGGAUGCGGGUCUCUUCCAGGGACAGGUGCUUGUGAUAGAGCGCAAGAAUGAGGAUGGCACGUGGCCCAGACAAGCCUCUCAUCCCAAAUCCAGUACAACCCCAUCCAGGAAUUUCACUACCUCCCCAAAACUGUCCUCCAACUCAUCAGCCGGCAUCUCCUCAACAGUAACCAAUGGAGACAGCAGCUGUAGCCCUGGCUACACACUUAACAACAGCACGUCCUCUGGCAACAGAUUUGGGGGCUAUAACUCAUACAGCUCCUCCUACAACUACAGAGAGUCACAGUCGCAGCCUGGCCUGUGUGGUCUCAGUAAUUUGGGCAACACGUGCUUCAUGAACUCUGCCCUCCAGUGCCUGAGCAAUGCAUCUCCACUCACAGAAUACUUCCUCAAUGACCAGUACGAGGCAGAGAUUAACAGAGAGAAUCCACUGGGAAUGAGGGGCGAGAUUGCUGAGGCCUACGCUGAUCUAGUAAAGCAGAUGUGGCUUAGCCGCAGCAGCUAUGUGGCCCCACGCACCUUCAAAACCCAGGUAGGACGCUUUGCCCCACAGUUUUCAGGCUACCAGCAGCAGGACUCCCAAGAGCUGUUAGCCUUCCUGCUGGACGGGCUCCAUGAAGAUCUGAACCGUGUGAAGAAGAAGCCUUAUCUGGCCCUGAGGGAUGCAGAGGGCCGUCCGGAUGAGAUUGUUGCCAAGGAAGCCUGGACGAACCAUCGCUUGCGCAAUGACUCUAUCAUAGUUGAUAUUUUCCACGGCCUCUUCAAAUCCACUUUGGUGUGCCCAGAGUGCUCCAAGGUGUCUGUAACCUUUGACCCAUUCUGCUACCUCACACUGCCUCUGCCCAUGAAGAAGGAUCGUACUAUGGAGGUUUUCCUGGUGCGAUCAGACCCUCAAUCCAGACCCACACAGUAUCGAGUGGUGGUCCCCAAACUGGGUUCAGUGACAGACCUUUGCAGCGCCUUGUCCAGACUCUGUGGAAUCCCUCCAGAAAAUAUGGUGGUGGCUGACGUUUACAAUCACAGGUUCCAUAAAAUUUAUAGACGGGACGAUGGCCUCAACCAAAUCAUGGAAAAAGAUGACAUCUUUGUGUAUGAGGUACAGGAGGAGGACAGUGAGAGGAUGAACCUGCCUGUGUAUUUCAGGGAGCGACACUCCAAACAUGCCGGAAGCUCCACAAGCACCAUGCUGUUUGGCCAGCCUUUACUCAUCAAUGUGCCCAGACAAAACCUCAUAGCAGACGUUCUUUAUGACAAGAUCAUAGAGAGGAUUGGACGGUAUAUAAAACACUCGCAGAUCCCCAGUACUGAAAGCAGAGCAUCAGCGUCAGCCACCUUUGCCAGCUGCAGCCAGGCUUCUGAAUGUUCCACAUCGUCCAACGUCAACGCCAGCCUGGGUGGCUGUGGCAGCCCUUUGUCAGAUGGGGCCUCCUGCAGCGCCAGCUCCAGUAAUGGCAGCAACCACUCAGGGACCUGCAAUGAGUCUAAUGGACAAUAUGAUGGUGAAGAGGAGGCCAUGGACCACCAGGUGAGUCCAGAGCGAGAGAAUGGCCAGUCUGAAGAGGAGGAAGAGGAGACCUCUGACUUGGAAAAUGGGUCUAAAGGAGACACAAACAAGCUGUGCUCUUCACCAGCCAAGCUCUUUACUUUCAGCAUAGUCAACUCUUACGGAACAGCCAACAUCAGCCCGCUGCCUUGCGAUGGAAAUGUCCUCAAACUUAAUCCACAUUCCACAGUGGCGAUUGACUGGGACACAGAGUCAAAGAAACUGUGUUAUGAUGAACAGGAAGCAGAGGCCUACGAGAAGCACGAGAGCAUGCUCCAGCCCCAAAAAAAGAAAGCCACCGUGGCUCUUAGGGAAUGCAUCGAGCUCUUCACAACCAUGGAGACACUUGGAGAACACGAUCCCUGGUAUUGUCCCACAUGUAAGAAACACCAACAGGCCACAAAAAAGUUUGACUUGUGGUCGCUGCCUCGCAUUCUGGUCGUUCAUCUAAAGCGUUUCUCCUACAACCGAUGCUGGAGGGAUAAACUGGACACAGUGGUGGACUUUCCCAUCAGGGAUCUGAACAUGUCCGAGUUUGUGUGCGACCCGAAGGCCGGUCCCUACAUAUACGACCUCAUUGCCGUGUCAAACCACUAUGGAGGAAUGGGAGGAGGUCACUACACAGCUUAUGGCAAGAAUAAAGUGGAUGGAAAGUGGUAUUACUUCGAUGACAGCAGUGUUUCGUCUGCCUCAGAGGACCAGAUUGUGACUAAAGCAGCCUACGUGCUGUUCUAUCAACGCAGAGAUGAGGAAGCCCCCUCCAAACCUCAGCCUUCGGCCUCACUGGGAGGAGCCCCUGAGGCAGCAGAAGACCACAUGGACACAAACUGAGGAGCCCCGAUGUGAGGGACACACAUUGAAACGCAUAUGGCAAAUAGAGACACUUGGACGCACACACAAAGCUACUUUAGUGACAGAGGACUCCACAGACUUUAACAUUAUUAACCCCACCUCCCCCUUAUUUUAUUUGAUUUUGUCUCGUAUGUUGUCAACUAGAGCCAACAGCCUUGUCAGAAGAAUGACCUGAGAGACUUCUUCCCUGCAGCGGGUGGCAUACUGAUUUCUGAACAUAGUUUACUAGUCGGGAACUAAGAGGAAUUUAAAUGGAUAUAGAUCCUCUCACUGGAAUGUUAGAAGUGCCCUCAAAUGCGUAGAUAAACAAAUGUUUCUGUUGCCCACAAAGAAGAGUCAGAAAUAUUUAAAGAAAAAAAAAAGAAAAAAAAAGCCAAAUGCACAUCUUGUUUCAACCAAAGCGUUUCAAGGUAUUUAAAAUAAAAAAUGUACCAACUGUUAAGACAUUA